UAAUAAUAUUCAAUAUUGAAUAUAAUAUUUUCAAUUUUGGUCAUUACUCGUUAGUUUGUAGUCUUACUACUUAUUAGGACGUUUAUAGUUUCUACACGGCUACACUUCUAUACUUAAAUUACAUAUUAUAAUACUGAGCACUUUACUAUUAAUCAAAUGAAUAACAUAAAUAUUUAUCUAUCAUCGCAAUUUACCGGUUUGAUGGAUUGCACUUCUGCAGUCGCGAUGGAGCAGUUAAAAUCUAUAAUGCCAUGGUACUGAUUAGGAAGCAUAACUUUCCGGUAGUAUCAAGUUUAGGGAGAAUGGAGAAGUAUGCAUGAUUCUUGUUCUUUUAUUUCUAUUUUAUUCUAUGUUUCAAAUAUUGCUUAUGCCACGGAAGUAUAACUUAAUUAAUAUGCAUCUUGAGAAUACUGAGCUGAGCAGCAGUUAACUUUUGAAAUAUUACUAUAGAAUUAACUAUGAAGUCUAAGCAAUUAGUAGUUGUCUCCUGGGAUUCAAAAUUACCAUUUCCGAAAUUUCCAGUCUGGUUGUAUGUUUUAAUAGUAGCAUUUGUAUCUAUAUUAUGCUAUGGUAACUCAUAUUAUGGUGCUUUUGUGUUUGAUGAUUCUGAGGCAGUUGUAAAUAAUCAUGACGUAAACCUAGAAACACCAGUGGUUAAGAUUUUUAGCCACGACUUUUGGGGUACGAGACUAACGAACCAGGCUAGUCAUAAAUCUUACAGACCUCUUACAAUACUGUCCUUUAGGUUUAAUGUUUGGUUAAAUAAUGGACAUUUAUGUCCAAAGUCAUUACAUUUAACCAAUAUAGUUUUACAUGCAAUUGUUUCCUGUCAACUGUUACAUGUCUAUAAUUUGUUAUUUAAUGGAGAUUCUCCGAAGACUUCAUUUUUAGCAGCUUUGAUGUUUGCGGUGCAUCCUGUUCAUGUAGAAGUGGUGUCUGGUAUAGUUGGACGUGCUGAUCUACUUAGUGCGUGUUUGUCUCUUUUUGUCUUCAUUAUUUAUCAUAGAACUGCAAAAGCUAAACAAAUAAAUACAUUAACCAACAUAAUAGCUACAGUAUUUUGUUGUAUAUUAAGUGCGAUGGCUAUGUUAUGCAAAGAACAAGGACUUAUGAUUAUGACGUUCUGUGGUGUGUUUGAAGUUAUUGUGAUCAACAAAAUCACGUUUCAAAAUAUUACAAAAAAUAUUAAAACCUCAAAAAUAAUUCGAUUGCUUAAAAAAGAAUCAUUAGAAAGGCUGUUUAUAUUGAUUGCUGGAUUUUGUAUUAUUCUUUAUGGCAGAUGGACUAUUAUGGGUUCACCUCCUGUUUUUCAACAAAUUGAUAAUCCUGCAUCAUUUUUAACAACACCAUUUGAAAGAUUUGUAAAUUACAGUUACAUCUAUUUGAUUAAUAUUUGGAUAAUGAUAUGUCCUGUUUGGCUAUGUUUUGAUUGGUCAAUGGGCUGCAUCCCUCUGAUACGUUUUAAUACAUUUCCUAAAGAUCCAAGAUUGUUCAUUGUUUUUGGAUUUUGGACCAUUCUUGUAUUAAUAUUUUAUAAAAUUCUGUUUUCAAAAAAUUAUGAUAAAAAACAAUUACAAAUGGGAUUUCUAUUAGGUCUUUUAUCGUUUCUACCUGCUUCAAAUUUAAUGUUUACAGUUGGAUUUGUCAUUGCAGAAAGAGUGUUAUAUUUGCCUUCAGCUGGUUUUAUUAUAAUUAUAGUCUUGGGUAUCAGGAGAUUAUGUUUAAAUUAUUUUGUUCAAAGAAUAGUUAGAAUGUGCAUUUUACUAUUAAUUUGCGUGCAUUCCAUUCGAACAUAUCAACGCAGUAAGGAAUGGAGUUCUGAAUUAGAAUUAUUUAGAAGUGCAUUAAAAGUUUGCCCAAUGAAUGCUAAAGUACAUUAUAAUUUAGCAAAAAGUUUAGCUGAUAUCGGACAUACACAGGAAGCUAUAGACCGUUAUAAACAUGCACUAUUAUUACACCCAAGGUAUGAUCAAGCGAUGAAUAAUUUAGCAAAUAUUUUAAAAGACAAAAAUGAAUUGGAAGAGGCUAGAUCUUUAUUAGAAAAAGCCGUUACUAUUAGAAAUGAUUUUGCUGCUGCUUGGAUGAAUUUGGGUAUUGUAUUAUCUGCUCAACAUGAAUACAAUAAAGCUGAAGAUGCUUACUUAACAGCCUUACAACACAGAAAAAGCUAUCCUCACUGUUACUUCAACUUGGGAAAUUUAUAUUUGGAAAUGGGAGAGAAGACUAAGGCAUUAUUUGCUUGGCAAAAUGCUACAUUUCAACAACCAACCCAUGUAAUUUCAUGGAAUAAUAUGAUUGUGCUGCUAGAGUCAAUUGGUGAAUUAAAACGAGCAGAGAAUGUAGCUCGUACAGCCCUCUCUAUUUUACCAAAUGAACCAAAUUUACAUUUUAAUAUAGCCAACAUAUUAGGUAAAAUAGAUAAAUUUGUAGAAGCGGAAAAACAUUUUUUGGCUGCUAUUAAAUUAAAACAUCGAUCUUCUAAGGCUAUGUUAGUUGCAUUAUAUCAUUCAAAUCUGGGAGUUCUGUAUCAUCGUUGGGAAAAAUAUGAUCUCGCAGAAAUGCAUUAUUUACAAGCAUUGAUGAUUGAUCCAAAUAUGCAGAAAGUUAAAAAUCACCUUGCAUCAAUACGUAAACAUUUAGGUGAAAUCAGUCAACCCACUCUCAAUAUUAAGUCUUACCAACAAGAAAAAGAGUUUUAAUAAAUUAAAUUGGAAAAUAUUUUUGUUUCAUUAAUACUAUGGUUAUAUGUAAGUACGAGUCUGUAUUGCUUUCAUGUUUACGUUCUAAAAGUUAUCGAAAGUCAAGCAUAAAUAUGUAGGUAUUUAUUAAUAUUAUGAUAGAACCCUUUUUAUGAUAAUAAUACUGGAUUAAUUCAUUUAAAAGUAUAAUGGAUAAAUAUAGUAUGAAAAAAAAUGGUAAAUACUAAAUAAUCAUGUAAAACAUUUUUAAUAAUCACUACUGUGAAAAUAUAUGGUUGUGAUUAAUUUGUAAUUUAGUCAUGUACGAAUCAAUAACAUAAAAACUUAUUUCAACCAUUCCAAUGAUAUAAUCCGAAAUUCAGGAAUUAAUUUACUUAACCCCUAAGUGGUACGGUGAAUAAAAAUUACGCUAAUGGUAUGAUGUAGUCUCCUAGACCACUUAGUUUUUGUUAAUUAUAUUAAGACCAUAGUUUUCAAUUGUUCCGUCGCAUUAUUUGUAGAAAUAAUAUAUUUAUAGUGUCAACUUUUAUUUGACUAUUAUUUUUUUUCGACUCAAAUUUAAUAAGUUUAAAGAAAUUAAUUAAUUUUUUAGACAUUUUAAAAAGUAAACCAAAACCAAAAACUGCAGCGGUCUACGGGACCAGAACAUACCACUUACGGGUUAAAUGUAACCAGAAUUGAUUAGUUCUUGAAAACCACUCAUUAUAUUUUGUUAAUGAAUGUUCAAUUAUAAAACAAUUGGUUUUUUUUUACUGUGGAAAGUGUUGUACUAUUUCAAAUAUUAUUAAAUGAUACAAUAUCUAUAACUUUUUAUUGAUUAAAUAAGAUAUAAGUCCAUAAGAAAUUAUGUAAAAAUGAGAUUUAAAUGUACAAUUUCAAAAAUGCGUCUUACAAGGAUGCUUGAACCAAACGGGUUGCUUAUCUUGUAUUUUAAGUAACAUAACAAAUCUAUGUAUUGGGUUACUACAGUUUAUUUAUAUUAGAGCAAAUUUACAUGUUAGUGAAGUUGUAGAGGGAAAUAUAAACUAUGCUUAAGAGAAGUUAUUUUCAUUCUUAAAUUAAAAAACUAUUCAUAAGUAUUUAAAUUUUUUCAAAUUCAUAUAAUUUGGAUUAAAAUAAAUAUAUGAAAAAAUCUCUGCUCAAAGACAGUUUAUAUUAUUCUCUACACAUUUAUUAUAUUUAUAUAUUUAAUAAAUGUGUAGAGCAGAAUAUAAACUGUAUAUUAUUAUGUAUAAAAUAAUAGAAUAAUAUGAAUAAAUAAUAGAAUAUUAACUAUAUAUAAACAGUAGUUUGGGUAUAUAGAUUUGUAAUGUUACACCUUAUGUGUGUGAAACAAAGACAACACUGUGAAUGAUGGGUGUAGUGUCCUAUUAAUCAAGUUAUAUUAUACAUUUAUAAAUACAUUGAUAGGUAACACUAAUAUUUAGUCAUUAUACUAAGAUUUGUUAUUUUAAGAUUAAUGUAAUUUAAAUUAUAUUCAUUUGAAGUAUUAUUUAGAUUUAAGAUAUUUACAUUUUUACACUGAUUUUGUAUUAAAAAUAAAAAUCUUAAUUGGUUA